UGAACUUUCCCAACAGCUGGAGAUAGAGUCUAAAAAAUGCAUGCAGCUAGAAGCACAAAAUCAGGAUUUGCGAGAAGAGUUGUCUACCAUGCGUGGGAACCAUGAAAAACUAGAGAAGAGCAAAUGCCAGCUGAAAGAAGAGGUGGCUAACCUCAAACAUCGUUUGGAGACUAGCAUGGUGGAUCACAGCCAAAUAGAACAAUAUAAAAGAGAGAUGGAAGAACGAGCCGGACAAGAAAUAAGACAAAAACUACAAGAAGUCAACCUAUUUUUGCAGACGCAGGCAGCCUCCCAGGACAGAUUAGAACAAAUCAGAGCCAGUCAUCAUGCUUCACUGAGAAACCAGCUAAAACACAGAAUUAGAGAUCUCGAAUGUGAAUUGGACAGGAUAAAAAAUACCCAACAAGACAGUAUUUUUCAAAAAGAAUCCACGCAGGCAGAAGUGGAAAGGUACAAAGAGCUGUAUCUGGAGGAAGUAAAAAUUAGAAGAUGCCUAGCAAAUAAACUGGAAAGAGCUAAUGAGAGACUAGCAGAAGCCAACGCUAAGCUCCUUCAGGAGCGCCAUAGAAGCAAAUCUUUAAUCGCAAGCAGCAUUGUCAGUGGGGGUCUGGCUGCAAGUCCAGUUCUGUAUUCAACUGAACUGGGACAUCUUGGCAACAAUUUGGCACUGAACAGAAGUCUAAGUCUAGGAGGAAGCUUCCUAAGCCCAACGGGGAACGCAUUAUCAUCAAGAAACAGAGUUGAAGCAUAUGUGGCUAAGGUACGACGGGAACUGGAUGAAAAAAUCACUAAAGAACUUGAACAGGCCACUGCUGAACUUGAAACUGGAUCUGCUGGAGCUUCUCCCAUGGUAUCCACUGACGGUUCUUCAAAAAAUUUCCAUGUUGACCAGGAUUCCCUUUGCAGGGCAAUACAGGAGUACCGUGAUGUUUUAACCAAAAAUUACCUGAUUUGAACAAAAUGCUAGGGACAGGCUCUGGAAAUCAUUUUGUUUACAUAGUGCAUCUAUGGUUUCCCAUUCUAUGGUUCAGAUGUGAAAAUG